ACCAAUAGCGUCGCCUCGACUUGAGCUGCGUCAGCUAUUGGUUGAUCACACCCUCUUGAUAAAUGCUUACUUGCAGAUGUUUCUCUUACAUCAAGACUGUCUAACCUGGGUGCGUCAACUACAAUUCAUAAAGAUGUAAAAAUAUCAGGAAUUGGUGGAAAAUGGUGACCUAAACAAGAGACAAAUAUUGUCAAGACAUUCUAUGUAAGUAGAUACUGAUUGAUGCACAGUACCAAUAUAUACAUGCACCAAAACCAUCAAGAUGGUCCAGCAUAUUCACAAUAAUUGUUUGGAAAGGAUUUCUUAAUAGAAUAUUCCAGAUCCUAAUGGAAUACUCAGAUGAACAGCUCAAUUUCUUCAGGCUCUGUCGCAUCGUCGUUGAUAUCGUCCCUGAAGGUCUGAGAAAGAUCUUUAAACAAGAAUGGGAUGCCUUAUACACAACUGCGCAUGGUCAGUGGGAUGACACGCCUGUCAGUUAUACCUCUUUUUAUAACAUGGAGUCACCAGUAAAACAGAAGAAAAACGAACGUCUUUUGGAAUUCAUGUCAAGUGGAGACAGAAAACAGUGGGACUGUACACGUUUGUUUUAUGCAAUACUGUACUCAGACAGCGUGGGACCCAACAUAAGGCCUGUGGUGAAAACUAGUGUCGAUGAUCUUCGUGAAAUUCGUAAUGAAGUAGUGGCACACAAAAAAGUUGGAAAGCUGAAUGAUUUGGAGUUUAAAAUGUCCAUUCAAAAGAUCAAAGUAGCACUCUCUUCGUUAAAUCUUGAUACAACAAAACUCAAGAUAAUAGAAAAACGGGCUGAUUUUAUAACACAAGAACAAAUAGAUAAAAUCAAAAAAGAGUUAGAAGACAUCAAAAAGAAAUUAGAAAAUGAAAAGCGACGUAAUACAGAACCGAAAUCGUUUUGUGUGCUGCCUCCUCAACCCUCUCAUGAUACUAUGGAACGAACUAAAGAGGUUGACGAUUUAUUCCAAGCGAUGCAACAAUUAUCAACUGAAAAAAAUAGAGAGACGACAACUGUUUACUUGUCUGGUAAUCCAGGUUCUGGAAAGAGCGUAAUGGCAAGACAAGUCGGAGAAAAGUACUACGAUAGCGAUGACUCCAAAGAGAUAUUAAGAUUCGUGAUGACGCUUAAUGCUGCUACCUUGGACGCAAUACUCAACUCAUAUGUAAUGUUUGCUGAGAGAUUAAACUGUUAUCAAGAUUGCAUAACCAGCAUUACUACAUCAAAAGAUCUUUCCAAGGAAGAACAGAUUCUGCAAUUGAGGGCUCUUGCCGAUAAGCAAGUGACCAAGUACUCAUCAUGGCUGAUUAUUGUUGAUAAUGUUGUCGAUCUGAAAUCGUUUUCUCAAUACUGGCAACAAAGCGGAGAAAAGACAAGUGGCAAGGGACAGAUUCUUGUCACCACACAAGAUAGUCCCUCCAUUAGUGUCAGCUCAUACUGCCAUCACAUUUCAAUCAGUUCUGGUAUGACAGAAAACGAUGCAAUUGAACUAUUGUGUAAAGUAUCAGAUUAUAGAGAUGAUGAUAACGAUGACAUGCUGAAAGUAUCAAGAGCGCUGGACUUCCAGCCACUUGCUUUAUCCUCAACAGCAGUUUACAUGCGAAGUGUUCGCACCGUUAACAAACAGUACUCGUGGCAUCAAUGUCUGGAGCAGGUUGAGAAGGAACGAGAGAGAUUAGAAAAAGUUUAUGAGAGAACAAGCUUGACCUACAAAACAACAAUGACUGCCGCAGUGAAUUUAGCUCUUCAGAGGGAAAUGAAUGAUGAGAUAAUGUUCCAUGUAUUUCGUUUUGUAUCCGUGAUGGCAGCAGAUCCAAUCCCUUUGAUGUAUGUUGUGGAGUACGUGGAAAAGUGCCUGCCUGAUGAAGAUAGAAAUUAUGUUGCUUCAAGAAUUUGUUCUUCAUCGUUAGUGUUAUCAUUGUCGAAGGACGUAAAGGACAUUAGCAUCCAUCAAGUAGUUUACCACUGUUUACAGACCAACCCAAAGAUAACAGAACGUAAGGUGAACAUGUUUACUGUGAUUUCUGCAUUUCGUCCACUUCCAAAUAUGAUUGAAGAGGAAGAAAAACAAGUAGAUAAUUUGAUUACUACAAGACCACUUUUGAACCACUUAGUAAAAAUCUCAAAAGGAAUUUUUGAUUUCGUCAUGAACAGCAUUGAAAGCGAGAAGGGAUUAAAUGAUGAGACAAUAAUUGUUCUUGAUAACUGCUCACUUGUUUUAUACGAACACCACGUUUUUGAGAGAGCACAAAAUUUAUGUCAAGUACUUUUAGCUUUGAAACUAUCUAAUCCUCCGUCAUCAAAUGCACGAGAAAUAUUGAUUGUGUUAAAAGAUGACCACAUUAAAUAUAUCACAACUCUAAAUGAAAACGCAAUUAAUCCAUCGGUAGGUGAUACCUUGUGCAGGUUAGGCAAUGUAUAUGCUAAUCUAGGUCAAUUAAAGGAAUCAAUGAAGUAUUACGAAAAAGCACUGACCAUCAAAACAGUUGCGUACAGUGAGAACCAUCCAUCGGUAGGUAAUACCUUGAACAACUUAGGCAAUGUAUAUGAUAAUCUAGGCCAAUCACAGGAAUCAAUUAAGUAUUACGAAAAAGCACUGACCAUCAAAACAGCUGCGUACGGUGAAAACCAUACAUCGGUAGGUGAUACCUUGAACAACUUAGGCAGUGCAUAUCAAAAACUAGGUCAAUUACAGGAAUCAAUGAAGUAUUACAAAAAAGGACUGACCAUCAAAACAGCUGCGUACGGUGAAAACCAUACAUCGGUAGGUGAUACCUUGAACAACUUAGGCAGUGCAUAUCAAAAACUAGGUCAAUUACAGGAAUCAAUGAAGUAUUACAAAAAAGGACUGACCAUCAAAACAGCUGCGUACGGUGAAAACCAUACAUCGGUAGGUGAUACUUUGAACAACGUAGGCACUGUAUAUAAAGAAUUAGGCCAAUUACAGGAAUCAAUGAAGUAUUACGAAAAAGCACUUGUCAUCUACACAGCUGCGUACGGCGAAAACCAUACAUCGGUAGGUGAUACUUUGAACAACGUAGGCAAUGUAUAUCAAGGACUAGGGCAAUUACAGGAAUCAAUGAAGUAUUACGAAAAAGCACUGAUCAUCUACACAGCUGCGUACGGUGAAAACCAUACAUCGGUAGGUAAUACCUUGAACAACUUAGGCAUGGUAUAUAAAGAACUAGGCCAAUUACAGGAAUCAAUGAAGUAUUACAAAAAAGCACUGACCAUCAAAACAGCUGCGUACGGUGAAAACCAUCCAUCGGUAGGUGAUACUUUGAACAACUUAGGCAUUGCAUAUCAAGAACUAGGCCAAUUACAGGAAUCAAUCAAGUAUUACGAAAAGGCAAUGGCCAUCUACACAGCUGCAUACGGUGAAAACCAUACAUCGUUCAAGGUAGGUAAUACCUUGAACAACUUAGGCAUGGUAUAUAAAGAACUAGGCCAAUUACAGGAAUCAAUGAAGUAUUACAAAAAAGCACUGACCAUCAAAACAGCUGCGUACGGUGAAAACCAUCCAUCGGUAGGUGAUACUUUGAACAACUUAGGCAUUGCAUAUCAAGAACUAGGCCAAUUACAGGAAUCAAUCAAGUAUUACGAAAAGGCAAUGGCCAUCUACACAGCUGCAUACGGUGAAAACCAUACAUCGUUCAAGGUAGGUAAUACCUUGAACAACUUAGGCAUGGUAUAUAAAGAACUAGGCCAAUUACAGGAAUCAAUGAAGUAUUUCGAAAAAGCACUAAUCAUCUACACAACUUCGUACGGUGAAAACCAUACAUCGGUUGGUGAUACUUUGAACAACUUAGGCAUUGUAUAUCAAGAACUAGGCCAAUUACAGGAAUCAAUCAAGUACUACGAAAAAGCAAUGGCCAUCUACACAGCUGCGUACGGUGAAAACCAUACAUCGGUUGGUAAUACUUUGAACAACUUAGGCAUUGUAUAUCAAAAACGUGGCCAAUUACAGGAGUCAAUCAAGUAUUACGAAAAAGCACUGACCAUCAAAACAGCUGCGUACGGUGAAAACCAUACAUCGGUAGGUAAUACUUUGAACAACUUAGGCAUGGUAUAUCAAUUUCUAGGCCAAUUACAGGAAUCAAUUAAGUAUUACGAAAAAGCACUGAAAAUCUACACAGCUGCGUGCGGUGAAAACCAUAUAUCGGUAGGUCAUAUCUUGAACAACUUAGGCACUUUAUAUCAAGAACUAGGCCAAUUACAGGAAUCAAUGAAGUGUUACGAAAAAGCACUGACCAUCUACACAGCUGCGUACGGUGAAAACCAUCCAUCGGUAGGUAAUACUUUGAACAACUUCGGCAUGGUAUAUCGACAACUAGUCCAAUUACAGGAAUCAAUGAAGUAUUAAGAAAAAGCACUGACCAUCAACACAGCUGCGUACGGUGAAAACCAUCCAUCGGUAGGUGAUACUUUGAACAACUUAGGCAGUGUAUAUAAACAACUAGGCCAAUUACAGGAAUAAGUUAAGUAUUACGAAAAAGCACUAUUCAUCUACACAACUGCGUACGGUGAAAACCAUACAUCGAAAACCGUACACCAUCAAAACAACUGCGACGGAGAGCGACUUGUUAGUGAGUAACAACACUGAUGAUGACAAUCACUCCCAUUCUUUACAAGAACAAAAUAACUUUUUCUUCUUGAAAUCGAUAAUGAAUCCUUUCUAAAUGUCGAAAGUGUUGUCGUAUGAUUAUAUAAUUGUCAAUAAUGUAAACAAAAAUCUUUAUAAAAUAACUUGGAUACUACGCGCGUUCUGAUUGGCCGACUGCCGUGUUUGUAUCAGAGUAUGUAAACAUGGUUUUGACGUCACCAUUUUUUGUCAAGUGCGAUUCAAAACUAGAAGUAGAAUAGGAAAAAAAUCAGCUAUUUAUACAAAAAUGUAUCCGAAAACUUGGCAACAACUAGUUAUGAGUAUUCUGCAUGAAGUUUUACUAUUUUUUGUAGUUUUUGAGUGCAUAGAAUCUUCGG